CGCAGCGUUUAAAGUUACUGGAAUUCACAUUCAACAACAAAUCAGAGUACAGCUCGUCCAAUGCUAUGCUAGCGAGUUUGUUUGCCAGAAACUGUACCUGGGAUUCCUAUAGGAACGCAAAUAAUUAACAAUGGCUGAAGUCGAGGAAACGCUGAAGAGAAUCCAGAAUCAGAAAGGAGUACAAGGCAUCAUCAUCAUCAACUCGGAGGGCAUUCCUAUUAAAACCACUCUGGAUAACUCGAGCACAGUGCAGUAUGCAGGCCUCCUCCACCAGCUGGUGAUGAAAGCACGGAGUACAGUGAGGGACAUUGACCCACAGAAUGACCUCACUUUCCUCAGGGUCCGCUCCAAGAAGAAUGAGAUUAUGAUUGCUCCAGAUAAAGAUUAUUUCCUAAUCGUCAUUCAGAACCCCAUGGAGUGAAAAUGGUAUUUUCUGUAUAGCUUUUUAUUUAAACAUCUUUUUAUUUUUCUGCAGAAUAAUGAGUUUUGUUUAUGUCGUAGUUCCAUAAGUGUACAGAUAAUGUCCUACAAUCCGACACUAAUGGGCAGUAUGGUCUCUGUCUAACAUUAUAUGUAAGGUGCAUUGAUGUUCUGCUGUUCCUUCCAGUAUAUCAUUCCAGUAUUUUUAUUUUUUUUUCCCAUAAAUUGUUUAAUCCAUUUAAUUUAUUGUUCUUUUAUUUGCUUUUUAUGCCAAUGCUCAAACAAUUUCUCGCCAUGAAGAUAAAACAGGAGCUACAUGUAGAAGGUUUCUCUAUCUGUCAUAAGCAACAAUAAAACGCCGUGUGUAAACAGUG